UUUUAAUCAAGUAACUAGCCGUGAGGUUUGCUGUGCUGAAAAUGCGAUUAUGAAUCGCCUUGCGUGGAAAUCUGUGUCGAAUCUAACGUUAUGAACGCUGCUACGCUUUUACCUAGCACUGACAGAUGCCAUGGCAGCCACCAAAGCAGCCAAAGAACAGAAAUACGACAGGCAGCUCAGGUUGUGGGGGGACCAUGGUCAAGAAGCUCUUGAGAAUGCCCACGUUUGCCUGAUCAAUGCUACAGCAACUGGGACAGAGAUACUGAAAAACCUUGUGCUUCCUGGUAUUGGAGCGUUCACUAUAGUUGAUGGGCACACAGUUUCAGGGGAAGAUGUAGGACACAACUUUUUCCUUAGCCACAACAGCAUUGGAAAGAACAGAGCACAGGCUGCCACCGAGCUGCUCCAAGAACUGAACACUGAUGUAUCGGGUAAUUUUGUUGAGGAGAGUCCUGACAUGCUAUUGGACAACAAUCCAGAUUUUUUCCAUAGAUUUACCAUUGUUAUUGGUGUGCAGUUGCCUGAAAGCACAAGUCUGAGGCUAGGGUCAGUUCUGUGGAGUGCCUCAGUACCAUUCCUGCUUUGUAAAACGUAUGGCCUCAUUGGCUACAUGAGGCUUGUUGUGCAAGAGCACACAGUUAUAGAGUCACACCCAGACAAUGCUUUGGAGGACCUGAGGUUAGACCAGCCCUUUGCAGAAUUCAAGAAGCAUAUUAAUUCCUACGACCUUGAGAGCAUGGACAAAAAGGACCAUAGUCACACACCUUGGAUUGUCAUCAUUGCCAAAUGUCUGGAAAAAUGGCUCAGUGAGCAAGACUCCCAGCUACCCAAAAAUUACAAAGAGAAAGAGGCCUUCAGACAGUUUAUUCGGGAAGGGAUCCUGAAGAAUGAGAAUGGUGUCCUCGAGGAUGAAGAAAACUUUGAGGAAGCGAUUAAGAAUGUCAAUACUGCUUUAAAUCCAACAAAGAUACCCAGUGUUAUCAAAGACCUCUUCAAUGAUGAUCAAUGUAACAACAUAAUGUCACAGACUACGCCCUUCUGGGUGAUGCUGCGAGCUGUAAAGGAGUUUGUACACAAUGAAGGCUGUGGCAGCCUACCUGUGCGGGGGACCAUCCCAGAUAUGAUUGCAGACUCCCAGAAGUUUAGCAACCUUCAGAAUGUUUACAGGGAAAAGGCCCUGCAGGAUGCAGCAUCUGUUGGCAGAUAUGUUGAAAGUCUGGUACAGUCUGUUGGAAAGGCACCUGAAAGUAUCUCUGAAAAAGAAAUCAGACUCUUCUGCAAGAAUGCAUCCUUCCUACGGGUGGUGCGCUGCAGAUCUCUAGCAGCAGAGUACGGCGUGGAUUCAGUCAACAGAGAUGAAAUCAGCUCAUGCAUGGACAAUCCCGAUAGCGAGAUGGUCUUCUACCUCAUGCUUCGAGCCGUCGACCGCUUCUACCAGCAGUACUCCCGCUACCCUGGAGUGUAUAACUAUCAAGUUGAAGAAGACAUCAGCAAGCUGAAGCUGUGUGUCACCAACCUGCUGCAGGAGUACAAUCUCAACGGCAACAUCAAGGAUGAUUAUGUGCACGAGUUCUGUCGAUACGGUGCAGCCGAGCCCCAUACUGUUUCUGCAUUUAUGGGAGGUUCAGCUGCUCAAGAAGCCAUAAAGAUCAUCAGCCACCAGUUUGUACCAUUCAACAACACUUUCAUCUACAACGCAAUGUCACAGACGUCUGCUACUUUACAGCUGUGAGACUGGGGUGAGCUGUGAGGUACUCAUUCUGAACUCAUUCACAAAAACAGAGAGGAUGGACAUCCGGGGAUUUGGGGUUGUUGCUCUUCAGGAUGCUUUUUCAGUUUGAAUAUGUGCACUUAAAUGUCAAUUUGGCCAAACAAAUAUUUGUAGUUGAAGAGGAGUAAAUCUUGGGGCACCCAUGGAAACACAGCAGAUUACAUUAAAACUGCUUGAUUACAUAUUUUACGAGUUCACAUUACUGUCUACAUCAUAUUUGUUUCUUACUCUGUCUAAUAGAGAAAGGUGGACUUUUUCAAAGAAGAAAUGAUUUUUAACCUAAUAUUUGCCUUGUCUUUUUUUGUGAACUGUUGCUUCCAAGUAUGCUCGGUUAUUAUUCUUUACAGGGCAUGCAGUAAGUGGCUCUCAGUCACUCUUAAGAAGUUAAAGCAUUUGAGAGUUGUCCUGCUUUUCAACAGUAGAUGGCGCACGUCCAUUCACUGUUUGGCAUUCUGUUCAAACUCAAAUGCCUCUUCAUUAGGUACACUUACACAACGUGAUCCGAAUAGCAUUGCCAUAGAAGUAGAAGACGUGUUUUGUUUUAUAUAGGUCAUUGAGAAGUUACUAUUGUUUUCCAGACUUCUGUGGAAAAGAGGCAAACAGGAAGCUUCUAGUUUUGCAGAACUAAAGUUAUUUCUAUAACGCUCCAUUUCUUUUAUCUCAUUGAGACAUAGCUGAAAUCAUGUUUUUAACUAGAUACAUGGUUGCUCUCAUUUUCAGUUAUGGAUAUCUUAAUGUAAGAUAUCUGUUACAGUAAUCUACUAUCUGAAUCAAUUAUGUUUUUGAUAAUAAAACAUGUGGAAUUAUGGUCUUUUGAGUAUAAAAUUUUGCCAAACAUAAAUUAUUAUAUAUAUA